AUGAAACAGUGCAGUUGGGAGCAGAAUAUGGCAAAUGCAUUUGUCACUGUACCUGAUGGGUAUUGUCUUCCUGAGCCCAUACAGUAUUACGAUGUUUUACCGGAGCACAUCAACUAUCAGCUGCAAGACCUCGAUUUUCAGACUGCACCUUACUGCCAGUACUCAACAGUUCCAAUUCCUCCUCCAGUACUACAGCCACAACCCUCUCAGUCUCCAUACAGCACGUAUGGCCUGGACUCUCAGUACAGCGACGGGCAGUGCAUCAGCAGCAGCUGCGAAUUAAGCAAACCUCCUUUCACUGCUCCCCACAUGGAUGACGGUGGAUACCAUGGAUUCAAACGGCCAAGAUUAAACCACUCGUCUCUGCGACUGAAGGGACAGGAGGAGCUGUGUGUCGUGUGUGGUGACAAGGCCUCAGGCUACCACUACAAUGCACUUACCUGUGAGGGCUGUAAAGGCUUCUUUCGACGCAGCAUAACCAAAAAUGCGGUAUAUCGAUGCAAGAACGGUGGGCAUUGUGAAAUGGACAUGUACAUGCGAAGGAAGUGUCAAGAAUGUCGCCUGAAGAAGUGUAAAGCAGUGGGAAUGCUAGCAGAAUGUUUGCUGACCGAAGUACAGUGCAAGUCAAAGCGACUCAGGAAGAAUUUCAAACAGAAGAGCAGUUUUCUUUGCACCAUAAAACUGGAAGAUGAAGGACUGAAUAGUAAGCAUGUAUCAUCUACAACAAGAUCUGGAAAAAUCCCAGAGAAGAUGGAACUUACUCCAGGGGAACACCAGCUUCUUGACCACAUCGUAGCAGCACACCAAAAAUACGCAAUUCCCCUUGAGGAAGCAAAGAAGUUUCUACAAGAAACUGCAAGUCCUGAGGAAAGUUUUCUCCGUCUCUCUGAGACAGCAGUUGUCCAUGUGCAAGUGUUAGUGGAUUUCACAAAAAGACUUCCAGGGUUUGAAAGUUUAGCCAGUGAAGAUCAGAUUGCACUGUUAAAAGGGUCAACAGUUGAGGCAAUGUUUUUGCGUUCAGCCCAAAUAUAUAACCAAAGAAUUACUGGAUGCCAGCCAUCGACAAGUGAAAGUCAUGUAAGACUUUCUGAUCAUGGGAUAAGUUGUCAUGUUCAAAACCUUGAUAAAACCAACAUUUAUUCCAUGGAAAUGUCUCACAAUGAAGAGAGUCCAACUUCCACUACUACCACAGGUAUAACCGAAGAAUUUAUUACCGCACUGUUUUACUUCUACAAAAGUAUGGGGGAACUGAAAGUGACCGAGACCGAAUAUGCCCUGCUUGUAGCAACAACCGUAUUUUUUUCAG